AUGUUCUCCAAGACUACCUUGAUUGUUCUCAUGGCCUUUGCAUCUCAAUGCUUUGCUAAAGCAUCCUUCAUGUCCAGCGCCGAAGCACUUGAGGCAGUUCAGUCCCAUAUAGAAGAAUUGCAUGCCCUCCGUACGCGAAUCGAUGAUUUCAACGGUGCUUUUGCAGAUAUGUUGGCUAUACAGAAUGAUGGGUACAGUCUUCUCUCAGGAUCUCGAGAGUCUCGAUCCAUGGCAAAGUCUAUGCAAAAUUUCACAGUGGAUGAAGAAAACUCUGGACGGGCUCAUGUGAUCCGUUUUAUGAGAGCUUUUACGGAAGUCUUACAUUCUACGUACAUCAUUAAGCGCGUUCCCUAUGGGGCGGAAUAUACACAACGAGUAGUGGAACAGGCAGUCCAGGAGAAAGACCAAUGGGAGGAACUUCUAGCGAGCAAGGCAUCUCCUGAGGCCUACCAGAUUUUCAUACCAGAUUUGGAGGAAGGUCAGAUGGAACACAACAAUCUCCGCAAGGCGCUCUCUGGUUGA